AUGCCGCCUAAACCUCCUUCAUUCUCGAGGGCAUGGGAUGGUAUUAAUCCCAGCCUUUCACAAUGGACCUUGGAUGCCGUGGCCUCGAUGGGCUUUGCUCGAAUGACCCCAGUCCAGGCCUCCGCAAUUCCGCUUUUCAUGGCGCAUAAAGAUGUGGUUGUGGAAGCAGUCACUGGAAGUGGAAAGACACUCUCCUUCUUGAUCCCGGUGGUAGAGAAACUAUUGCGCCUUGACGAACCUCUCAAGAAGCACCAUGUCGGCGCUAUUAUCAUUUCUCCUACUAGAGAAUUGGCCUCGCAAAUUUACCAAGUCCUCUUGUCUUUACUAGAAUUCCAUCCAGCAUCCGCUGCAGCGAUCCAUCCCCAAGAAGACGACGCACCGCGCCCAAAGGCCUCCGCCUCAACCCUAAAGGUCGUCCCACAGCUCCUUCUCGGUGGAACUACAUCGCCCGCAGAGGAUCUUAGCACUUUCCUCAAGAAAUCACCGAACGUUCUGGUUUGCACUCCAGGAAGAUUGUUGGAGCUCCUUUCCUCCCCUCAUGUGCACUGCCCGCAGUCUUCCUUCGAAAUGCUUGUUCUCGACGAGGCCGAUAGAUUGCUGGAUCUUGGAUUCAAGGACGAUCUCCAGAGGAUUCUCCGCCAUCUACCCAAACAGAGGAGGACAGGUCUAUUCAGUGCCAGUAUCAGUGAAGCCGUGGAUCAAAUUGUCCGCGUGGGACUGCGUAACCCAGUUAAGGUAGCCGUCAAGGUUAAGGGAGGAGCUGGAGCAGAAGACAAGCGCACUCCUGCGAGUCUACAGAUGACUUAUCUUACAACACCCCCAGCUCAUAAAUUCUCCAUCCUGAAGCAAAUCUUGUUAUCCGUGCAGCCAACGCCACAGAAAACCAUCUUUUUCGUAUCAACAUGCUCCAGUGUCGAUUACUUGGCCAUGAUUCUUCCAAUUAUACUAGGAGAUGAAUUCCUCCUCGUCCCCCUGCAUGGCAAACACCCUGCCAAUGUCCGCCAAAAGAACUUUAUUCGCUUCACCACAUCCACCACCCCCUCAAUUCUCCUUACUACCGAUGUCGCCUCUCGUGGUCUGGAUAUCCCAUCCGUCGACCUAGUUGUUCAGAUUGAUCCACCCUCAGACCCUAAAACCUUUAUUCACCGCUGCGGCAGAGCAGGUCGCGCUGGUCGAAAGGGUCUUAGUAUCGUGCUUUUACACCCAGGACGAGAAGAAGACUAUGUCUCAUUCUUAGAAGUGCGAAAGACCCCAGUGGCACAUUUCAAUCUUCCAACUCCAAGUUCGGACGUGGAUGCAGCCGUGGCUACUCAAGCUGUCCGCGCCGUGACUUUGAAGGACCGUGCUAUUCACGAUAAGGCUCAGAAGGCUUUUGUCAGCUGGCUUCGCAGCUACAGCAAGCAUCAAGCAAGCAGUAUCUUCCGUGUGUCAGAUCUUGACUGGGAAGCCUUGGGCAAAGCAUGGGGACUUCUCCGACUACCCAAAAUGCCUGAACUGCGGAGUUUCACUGGUGAUAAGUCACUGGGCGUGAGCAAUGACUGGGAUAACUAUGCUUACAAGGAUAAGCAGCGAGAGAAGCGUCGCAAGGAGGUGAUAGCGGAGAAUGCAGCUGGAGAGGGCACUAAGCAGGAGUCACGGAAGCGUCGUGCAGAUGAGCCAGUGGCUUGGAGCCAGAAUCAAGAGGAGAGAGAGAAGAAGCUUAAGCGGAAGGAGUUUAAGCAGGCACGCAAGGAGCAGGAGAGAUGGGAGCAAUUGCCUGAGGCUGAUAAGGAGAAGGCUCGUGAGACAGAACGGAUGGUGGAGUCUAUUCGGGCAAUGAAUGAAGAGGAACGGCUGGCUAGGAAAGCUGCUGCGGCUGAGUCAAAAGAUGCGGGCGGUGAUGUUGAGUUUAAGGGAUUUGACUAG